AUGUCAGAAGAUCAUUCUCAAACAGAAGAUAUUACCCUUCAUGACACAUCAAAACCAAUAUGGGAAAGCAGGACUACAUCUCCAAUGAUCGAGCGUAUACCAACAUCCAAGUUCAAGUUAAAAUUAAAAUAUGGGGGUUACUUUCGGCUAAUGAAGAACAGUUGUAGGCAAAUAUAUUGUUUUGGCUCUCAAAAAUGUAUCCACAUAGACACAACUUUAUACAAGUUAAGUCAACUACACGAAGAAGUGAUAAAGCGUUAUUCAUCAAAGAACAACCCAAAAUUUUCUAUUCUUUAUGUUGACAAGUAUGCACCAGACAAAUCGUUUAUUGAGCUUGAUUCUGAUGAAAAGUUCAUGGCUAUGCUUAGCAUGUAUGGAAGCGAGAAACAAGUAACCAUUUAUGUGACAACAGAGAAUAACCUCGGCUCCGAUAUUCAUGCUAACCAUUCGUGUGCCAAAAAAGAUGAACCACAUGAUGAGUAUGAUGCAAACCUUUGUCCUAGUGAAGAAAGCUAUCAUAGUCAUCUCAGUUCUGAUAAUGAAGACGGUAUAGUGAAUGAUGAUGAUGAAGUUAACUCAUUUAGUAAGAAUAGUAUAAGAAUGGAAGUCGGCUCAAAAUUUGAAAAUGUGGUUGAUUUUAGGAGAGCUUUGAACCACUUUGCAGUCAUAAAUGAGUUUAACUACUACAUUCAGAAAAGUGACCCGACACGAUUCACAGCAAGAUGUGAAAACCUAGAGUGUGAGUGGAGAAUUCAUGCUUCUAUUACACAAGAUGAAGUUACCUUUCAAGUUAAGAAAAUGGUAGAAGUACAUACUUGCACUCGAAGCAACAAAGGUGGCAAUAAGCGUGCCACUCAAGGUUGGAUUGCUAAUGUAGUAAAUGACAAGUUGAAAUCUGAUGGGGAUGUCUCUCCAUAUGAGCUUAGAAAUUGGAUUAUGAAAACUUACAAUGUUGACGUGCCGUACCUAAAAGUUUUUAGAGGGAAAGAGCAAGCUUAUACCGACAUGUAUGGUAAGUGGGAAGACUCUUUCAUGAAGAUGGACGAAUUUAGAGAAGAACUAUUACAAAGGAACGAAGGAAGCGUUGUUGAAAUUGACUUUGACAAAGUUGGUGGAAAGAAACUUUUCAAAAGGUUUUUUAUUUGUUUAGCAGCUUGUUCUAGAGGGUUUGUUGCUGGUUGUCAUCCGUAUAUUGGUCUUGAUGCUUGUCAUUUAAAAGGAAAGUUUAAUGGUGUACUAGCCGCUGCAACUGGUAUUGACGGUAACAAUUCUAUCUUUCCAAUAGCAUAUUGUGUGCUUGAAUCAGAAAACACACAAUCAUGGACAUGGUUUCUUGACUCACUCAAAAAAUCAAUUGGAACCCCAAAUGGUCUUGUUAUCUCAUCGGACAUGCAGAAAGGGUUAGAAGUAGCCAUCAUGAAUGUGUAUCCUAAUGUUGAGCAUAGAGAAUGUAUAAGGCACUUAUAUAGCAACUUCAAGAAACACUUUCGUGGUGACUUCUUUAACACCAAAAUAUGGGCUGCUGCGAAAACCUAUCGUCCUACCAAGCAUGAUAGGUUAUUAAAGGAAAUUAGUGAUAAAAAUGAAGAUGCCAUUACAUAUCUAAAUACCAAUCACAAAAAAAUCUGGAGUAGAAGCAAGUUUGGAACUACUUCCAAGUGUGAUUACAUCACUAAUAAUGUUUCAGAAACAUUUAAUUCUUGGAUUGGUAAAUUGCGCUAUAAACCCGUGCUUGAUCUCCUUGACGCAAUUAGGGAAAAGAUUAUGAAACGGUUUGAUAAGAAAAGGAAUUUGGUGAGUACAUGGAAUGGCGUAUUGGUUCCUAUUGCUAAAAAUCAUCUCAACGACAUCGCUAAGAACUUGGGUGAAUAUGAAGUUACUAGAAGUUGUGAGAAUCAAGCUGAAGUGAAGUACAAGGGAACACGUUGGGAGGUCAGUCUAGAUGAAAGAAAAUGUAGUUGUCGCGUGUGGCAAGUUCAGGGUCGACCAUGUGUACAUGCAGCGGCUUUUAUUGCUUUUAUAAGGGAUGCUAACAGGGACAAAUAUGUUGAUCCCUAUUUCACUAUAGAGAAAUUUAAAUCUGCAUAUGCUUUUCAAAUUGCUUCGAUGCCCGGACAGGAUCAAUGGGCGCAAAAAAAUAGGGAGAAAAUAUAUCCACCUAUUAUCAAACGCCCACCUGGACGACCAAGAAAAAAUAGAAUUAAAUCAUCGGAUGAGCCUAAAAGAAGACACAAGUGUCCGCGAUGUGGUGAGUAUGGACACCGUCAAAAAACAUGUAAAAAUCCAGCAUCUCAAAGUUUCGAUCAAAGUGAAACAGCCACCUCUAAAAGGAAACGUGGAAACAAUACAAAAUCGCAUGGUGAUGUGGGAGUUUCGGGGUCUACAUAA